AUUUUGUUAUAUUUGUGUAAAUAGUUGUUGUAAAAAUAGUAUUUAGCAAAAUGUCUAUGGAUAUGGUUUGUAAUUUUCGCAAAUGUCGAAGAUCUUUAUCAAAUCAUGCUUGGGUGACAACAUGUUCACAUGCAUUCUGCAUCGAACAUGGCCAGAGGGAAUUCAAAAGAAAUGCUGAAAAUUCUCUAACUUGUCCAGCUUGUGGGAGUGAGUUACGAGAUAAGUUUGAUGUUAUACAAGCCGAUUUGAAACCUUGUGAGACUUUCAAAUCUAUAGUGUUAGCAGGUUUAAAACCUGACGCAAUUAUGGAUGUCGCAAUGAGAGCGAUGUCAUUUUGGGCAUAUCAAAUUGAACAAGAAACACUAUAUCAAGAAAGUAUGGCGAAUCACGCGAGAGAGAAACUUCAAUGUUUAGAAGAAGUAAACAGUUUAAAUCUGCAGAAAGUAAAAGCCGAAUUAGAAACGUGUAAACGUAAAAUAGUAUCUGUACAGGAAGAAUAUAACAAGAAAAGACGGCAAACUGAAGAAUUAAAAGCGCGUUUAGAAGAAAAGUCUCGUAAAAUACAAAAGCUAACAUUUCAAUUAGAUGCCCAGAAAAGAAAAGACAUUCAUAUAAAUGAUAUAGAAGUAAGUAAUAAUAACCGAGAUAAGUGUAUGGAUAUUUCAGCUUUAGUGCGUAAUAGAUCAAAAUCUAAGGCGUUUGUAUUCAAACCGGCUAAGGAUAUAGACAAAUCUCAUAAUAGAAUAUGUUCGCCAAAAACACCAAUUUUUGAUUUCCGCCAUAAUAGGAGUAGACAGCAAUCACAUUUUGAUUUUAAGCCAUUAUCAUCUUAACAUCUAUAAAACAUAAAGGAUUUACAUAAAGGAACUGUAGUAUUAUAACU